AAUAGCAAUUUCUAAAAUAUUAAGUCAUGAUAUUUGCUUUUCAAUUGGAAAAUAAAAAAGCUUUCUAGUUUGUUGUGGUUGGCAAACGUCAGAAAUUGUUUAGUUCAGACAGCAAUCAUGUUUAGACAGAGUUUCGACGUUUCAGUGGCAAAAAUCUGCGUUUUUGCCUUACUUUUGGGCAUAUUAGCCCUGUAUCUGCUUUAUAUAAGUCGGUCCAGUUUUAGUAAUUUGUACCAAAAAAAUGAAAUUGAGUACAAAUCGCAGUCAGAUGAACCCAAGCUACAACUUACUCCUACAGUUCAACGCUAUUCGAUUGAAACGCAAAAAUGCAAAAUUUUGGAUAUUCAUCCCUUUAAUCCCCAAGUGUUGGAUUACUUCAAGCGGGAAAAGUACAAGCCUUGUGGCCCUUCUGAACUUUUGACUUACGUCACGAUUGACGAUAACAGGGCCUUUCUUCAUUUGAAUGAGAAAAUUGCGGGGAAAAACCAAAGUUUGACAUGUCGUUACGCGAAAAUCGAGCAAAUGACACCCAAGUUUAAACUUGAGGAUUUCCUCAACCAGGCUGUGUUUACGCCGUUUGAACGUAAUGUUUAUAUUGAUUUUGACCACGUUUUCGUAAAGUGUUUGUUGGGGAAUAAGGUGGUUUAUAGAAACACACAUGCACCGAUAAUUUUGAGAGAGGAAAUAAUUGAAAGACAACAAAAGAUGGAAAAGCGAAAUGAAGCCUUCAGUGUGUUAAUUAUUGGAAUUGACAGUAUGUCCCGCUUAAAUUUUCUUCGGUCCUUCCCCAAAACUCACUUAUUCCUGACGGAAAACAACUGGAUUUCAUUCAAAGGCUACAACAAAGUCGCCGAUAACACGUAUCCAAACCUUAUGGCCCUUUUGGCUGGAAUAGACGAGCCCACAGCUGGGAAAAAAUGCAGCAGUCGGAGCCUAACUGACUGCCCUUUGGUCCUCUUCGACUAUCGCAACCUAGGCUAUGCCACGGCUUACGCCGAAGACGAACCCUGGAUGGGCAAUUUCAUCAAGAACCAAAGAAGUUUCGACAAAACCCCCACAGACUAUUACUUCCGGCCCUAUUUCCGCAUCAACGAAAAACUAACAACGCGCAAAAUCAACGGUUUGAACUACUGCACAGGCCCGGAAAAUUCCGGUGAAAGAGUGCUAAACCUAGCCAAAAAUUUCGCUCAAACUUUGAAAAACCGGCCCAGUUUUGGCCUCUUCUGGAUGAAUAGUUUUAGUCACAAUAAUCUCAACCUGGCCUCAAGUAUGGACACAAAAAUUUACAAUUUUUUCCGAAACAUUAGCGAUUCGGGAAUUUUGCAAAACACUUUCGUGUUGUUUUUGAGUGAUCAGGGGUUAAAUGUUGGUACUUUUCGCGAGACCCCAAUGGGUUGGCUUGAAGAUAAAUUACCGUUUAUUUAUGUUUGGGUCCCUGUGGAAUUUCAAAUCAAGUUUCCGGACAAAUAUGAGAGUUUUCAACGAAAUACAAAUCAGUUGACUUCGCCCUAUCAUCUCUACAUGACCCUGCAGGAUAUUCUAGUCGUGUCGAAACAAAACUUUACGUUAAAACCUAGUCAAGGGUGUCCCAAGUGUCGCUCGUUGUUUGAAAGUUUUGAAAAUAGGUCUUGUGAAGAGGCUGGGAUUGGUACUCUUUGGUGCACGUGUCAUAACUACACGACCAUUAACAAUAGGGCAUACUUUGUCCAACAAGCCUCAAAAUGUGUCCUUGAACACAUUAUUUCGAAAAGUGUGCUGGGUCAGAACUGUUCAAAAUAUACCAUAGCAAAAGUAAUCUCAGCGAGAAUUUCGCAAAAUCGCAACUACAUUGUACUGGUUCUUGAAACAAGUCCUAGAGCAAUUUUUGAAGCUACAGUGUUGUAUGAACCAGAAAGUUACCAGAUUUUUCGAGUCAUUGGUGAAAUUAUCAGACUUGACAACUAUGCUGAGCACAGUAAAUGCAUUCACAGUCGUUUCCUGCAAAAAUUUUGCCACUGUCGUGGUAGGCAAACGUCAGAAGUUGUUUAG